AAGGCGGUGUGCAUGCAUUGGUGAUCGUUAGGGUAGGUUUGGCACAUUUGCUAUAAAGGCUGCCACCCUCGCCAUUCGGUUCCUCGUGGUUUCCUUUUCGACUCAGCCAAUUCGUGAGCUGACGAGCAAUUCCUGCUGGUCGACUGAACGAAUACAAGCACAAGCACUAGACUUUAUCGGCACAGAUUCAUCUGUCCUAGCCUCACGCACACAGGCACACUCCUUUCAACACACUCGCGCAACAAUCGCACCUAUGUCUCAGCCCUAUAUAGACAAUCCUAAUCACAGCGACCUUUCGGUCGCUGGCCCCGUGGCCCACGAGGGCCCCGUCCGCACGCUCGAAGAAGUCGAGCAGGAAGAAAAGAAGAUCAAAGGUUUGGGCGUCUCCAAACGUGAAUUGAAGGUUCUGGCCCUUGCCGGUGCCGGAUUCUUCCUUGAUUCUUACGACCUUUUCAUUAUUAACUUGGUCACGCCCAUUCUCGAGUUCCUUUACUGGGGUGGUAUUGAGGGCCAUGCCCACUAUCCCUCUGGUAUCCGUGGUCUUGUCAACGCUGCCUCCAACAUUGGUAACGUCUUUGGCCAGGUUCUUUUUGGUUUCUUCGGUGACUACAUGGGCCGUAAAUUCGUCUACGGUAAGGAAAUGAUCAUUGUCAUCGUUGCUACCUGUCUCUGUAUCUCUCUUCCCCAAAAUCACAUCCACUCUGCUACGAACAAGAUGAUGUGGCUCUUCGUUUGGCGUUUCUUCCUCGGUGUCGGUAUCGGUGGUGAUUACCCCAUGUCGGCUUCCAUUACCUCUGAGCGUUCUCUGCUGAACCGCCGUGGUAAGCUGCUGUCUAUUGUCUUUGCUCACCAAGGUUUCGGUACCUUGGUCGGUGCUAUUGUUACCAUCUGUCUGUUGGCUAUCUUCCAACACGUUCUCAACGUGAAGGGCGAGUACCACAAGUUGGAGGGUGUCUGGCGUCUGCAAAUCGGUUUGUCGCUUGUGCCUGCUCUUGCCGUUUUGUACCCCCGUCUCACUAUGAAGGAGGCUAAGAGUUUCGAGGAGUCUCGUGCUCGUAACAACAUGACCAAGAAGGGUCAAGCUCAGGCCCUGGCUGAGGAACACAAGGGUGAUGUCUCUACCUCUCAAGAUGGUGCCGAGUUCAUGUCCAGCGACCCCGCUAAGCUCGAGAAGCUGGAUGCUGACUUCGAGACCGAGUCUAUUGACAAGCCCCAAGCACCUAGCAGUGGUUUCUUUGAGUACUUCCGCGAGUGGAGACACUUGAAGAUUCUCAUCUCUUGUGCUGUUUCCUGGUUCUUGCUUGACAUUGCUUUCUACGGUAUUAACCUUAACCAAUCCGUCAUUCUUAAGAGUAUCGGUUUCACCACUGGUAAGAACGAGUACCACAAGCUGAUGAAGAACGCAUGUGGUAACUUGAUCAUUGCUAUUGCUGGUUAUGUGCCCGGUUACUGGAUUACUGUCUUUACCGUCGAGAAGAUUGGUCGUAAGUGGAUUCAACUUCAAGGUCUUUUUGUCAUGGGUUUGAUGUUUGCUAUUCUUGCUGGCAGCUGGGGCAGCAUCAGUACCGCUGGUCGUUUCAUCUGCUUCGUCAUUGCUCAACUUUUCUCCAACUUUGGUCCCAACGCCACUACUUUCUUGUACCCCGCUGAGGUGUUCCCUGCUCGUGUCCGCGGUACUGCUCACGGUGUCUCUGCUGCUUGCGGUAAGUGUGGUGCCAUUAUUGCCUCCCUGUGUUUCAACAUCGUUUCCGACAAGAUUGGCAUGGGUAACCUCAUGUGGAUCCUCUGCGGUUGCAUGUGGGCUGCUAUUCCCUUCGCCUUCCUCUUGCCCGAGACUAUGAUGCGUGAUGCUGAGGCCAUCGAUCGUGAUGAGCUUCUUGGCAUUGCACCUAAGCGCAGCAACCGCCGCUUCGCCUGGUACUGGGAUGGUAUCUAAUCUGUGUUGCCACUUUACUGCUGUGCGUGUUUAAUAAUUUACUACAUACGAAAACGAACACAAAUCUGCGAUCACACGCGCGCACAUGCACACACAAGCUAUUCGCAACCACUCAAUCCUUCUAACGUCCCUUUAUGCGUUUACCCGAGCAUGGGCGCUUUCGAGUCCAAAUUUUUGAGAACACACUGAUGUGCCUACAUUUUCUAUUGACCGGCGUCCUUGUCCAAACCUUACCCACCCCCCGCUCCCCCCAGUAUUUUUUUUUUUUGCUUUUGUUUUGAUUUCUAUUCGACCAUCCCUCGGCUGACGACGGAUGCUUUCCGGUGAACGUUUGUUCAGCUUUACAACACAAACAACACAUUUAUAACAGCAAAUCUUACAAACACUUACAUAUUUCUCUCCUCGGGCAUUUUUGAUGUUGGUUUCAUUUCAGUUUUGAAGCCCAAAAACCGCUUUUUUUUUGCAUGGGUCUUGAGGAGUUUUUUUGAGGGAGACCUCUAGGAUGAGCUCUUAGGAAUUAAUAUUAGAACAAAGGUUUUUAUUAGGAAAA